AUGGCCUCCAUCACGACUGAUAUCGCCAACUACGAAAGCACUGGGGAUCCACAACAUCAAAUGAAGGCAUUGACCUGGCAAGGAAAGAAUUCAAUCAAACUUGUUGAAACUGCCAGGCCUAAAAUCGUUGACGAACAAGAUGUGAUUGUUAAGAUAACGGGCACUACUAUUUGUGGGAGUGACCUGCAUCUGCUUCAUGGAGCCAUUCCGGAACUUCAAAAAGGUGACAUUCUGGGCCAUGAAUUCUGUGGCGUCGUGGAUACCGUGGGUCCAGCCACAGCAAAGCUCAAGCCAGGGGAUCGCGUAGUCGCAUCAUUUCAAAUUGGAUGUGGAAAAUGUUUUUACUGCCAAAGGAGGCUGUCUUCAAUGUGUGAGCGGACUAAUUCGAGCCAGUCUGCAAGCUCACUGUAUGGCCGUCGAACAGCAGGCAUGUUUGGAUAUUCCCAUUUCACCGGUGGCUUUGCUGGCGGACAGGCAGAAUUUGUCCGUGUGCCAUAUGGCGAUGUUAACCUCCUGCCUUUACCUGAUGAUGUUCCCGACGAAAAGGGGCUUUUUCUAUCCGAUGUAUUGCCAACUGCCUGGAACGCAGUGGUAGACACUGGCGUCCAGCAGGGAGACACGGUGGCUAUCUGGGGUGCCGGGCCCAUCGGUCAGAUGGUCGCUGAAUUCAGCUUCUACCAUGGCGCAAGCCGUGUUAUCAUCAUCGACGGUGGAAACGGACAAUGGAGACUGAAAUAUGUUCCUUCCAUUGUCAAGGAUGUGGAGACAAUCGACUAUACAAGACUUCCUAAAGGGGAAUCUGUUUCCUCAACCCUUAAGAAGAUGUGUGAUGGACGUGGGCCUGAUGUGGCGAUUGAAUGUGCGGCUGGGGAGUAUUCAAAAGGCUGGGCUCAUUACUUUCAGACAUUACUGGGCAUGGAAACAGACACUCCUGAGCUGGUCAAUGAGAUGAUUACCUCGGUGCGAGGGUUUGGUCGAUGCGGUGUGACUGGCGUCUAUGCAGGAUUUUGCAAUCACUUCAACAUCGGGUCUCUGAUGCAAACCGGGAUUCGACUUAUUGGCAAUGGACAAGCACCGGUGCAUCUAUAUUGGGAGCAGCUCCUGAAGCUGAUCCAAGAGGAUAAGAUUCAUCCACUGCAUAUGGUCAGCCAUCGUUUCCGACUGGAGGACAUGGAGAAGACAUAUGACUUGUUCAACAAGCGUGAAUAUGGAAUACAAAAGAUCUUUGUAGAGACAAGAUUCUCUGCGCCCCCGGCCCAUGGAUCGCCCAAUUUGACAGAGCUCUGA